CUGUACUUCGUCAUGAUUGUGUGUGUGUAGAUGUGAUGGACGUGGCCUGGUCCCCUCAUGACGUGUGGCUGGCCUCCUGCAGCGUGGACAACACCAUCGUCAUCUGGAACGCCCGCAAGUUUCCAGAGAUGGUGACCUGUCUGCGGGGACACACGGGGCUGGUCAAAGGUCUGACGUGGGACCCGGUGGGGAAGUACGUCGCCUCGCAGGCGGACGACCACAGCCUGCGAGUGUGGAGGACGGUGGACUGGCAGAUGGAGUCCAACAUCACCAAACCCUUCAACGAGUGCGGGGGGACGACCCACGUCCUGCGUCUGUCCUGGUCCCCUGACGGGCAGUACCUGGUGUCGGCCCACGCCAUGAACAACUCGGGGCCCACCGCCCAGAUCGUGGAGCGGGACGGCUGGAAGACCAACAUGGACUUUGUGGGACACCGCAAGGCCGUGACCGUGGUGAAAUUCAACCCAAAGAUCUUCAAGAAGAAGCAGAAGAACGGCAGCGCCCCCAAACCCGGCUGCCCGUACUGCUGCUGCGCCGUCGGCAGCAAGGACCGCUCGCUCUCCGUCUGGCUGACCUCCCUGAAACGCCCCCUGGUGGUCAUCCACGACCUGUUCGACAAAUCCAUCAUGGACAUUUCCUGGACUCUGACGGGUCUGGGCAUGUUGGUGUGUUCGAUGGACGGCACGGUGGCCUACCUGGACUUCUCUCUGGACGAGCUGGGAGACCCUCUGAACGAGGAGGAGAAGAACAGCAUCCACCAGAACAUCUACGGGAAGAGUCUGGGCAUCACCAGCACCGAGGCUCAGCUCUCCACCACCAUCAUCGAGAACCCCGAGAUGCUCAAGUACCAGCAGGAGCGCCAGAGCUCGGCCCAGGCCGGGCCGGGGGGGGGGCGCGCCCGAGGCCUCUGCCCCCCAAAUCAACAGCGUGGGUGGACGGGGGGACGCUGGAGGACAUCAGGAA